UGCAGCCCCUGGCUACACAGACUGGAUCUAGUUUCACAGAGAGGGAGAACGAGCGAGCGGUUCAGAAGUGGGAAUUGAAAAGAGGGAAAACAAGAAAAAAAAAAAAAAGCAGACAGACCCCAGUGGAUCUUAACCAACGUCUCUUUCCCGGGAGGACCGUUCUCUCUCUGCACUGGUGGGAAAGCUGCCCUGAACCUCUCUUUAACAUUUUUCAAAGAAGACUUGCUUGUCUCGGUGGAUCUAAUAAUCGGUUGGUUUUUAAUUGUAUUUUCCCCGCUCUGCUAAGGAUUCCUUUAUUUAUUGCUUUUCGCUCCCAGCCGCCUUCCUGCAGAGACGCCAAAGGCGUUGCUUAUGGCCACAAGGGGGAGCCCAACUCCGAACAUGGGAAGAUCGGAUUGAUUUCGCAUAGAGUCUCAUAAACUCUCUCUUGUCCUCUAAGCUUGCACCUGUUAUGUCCAAGAUCUGGCACCUGCCUGACAAUUACUUUGAGUUCCAUAGGACCAGAGACCUAGGAUGAGGAGCACUGGCUUUGCCCUGAACCUGCUUUUGAUAUCACCACUCUUCUUAGUGUGGACAGUGGUGGCCCUCGACCUAGGACAAACUCCUUGCACCACCCUGGUCCAGGGGAAAUUCUUCGGGUAUUUCUCUUCCUUUGCUGUCUUCCCACUGAACUCCUCUCUGUGCUCUUGGAUUAUCCAGAAUCCGGACCCAAGGAGGUACACCUUGUACAUGAAGGUCUUGAAACCCACUGGCAUAUGUGACCACCAGCCGAUACGCACCUACCAGUUCGACUCUUUCCUGGAGUCCACCCGCACUUACCUGGGCAUGGAGAGCUUCGACGAUGUGCUAAAACUGUGUGACAGUUCCACUAGGUACUCCUUCCUCCAGUCCAACAAGCAGUUCCUCCAGAUGAAGCAGACCAUGUCCCCGGCAGAAGAUGGGCACGUGCGACGGAAGCCCACCAAGGCUCAGGAGCGGGACUUUUCAGUGGAGUACCUGGUGGUGGGCAACAGGAGCCCUAGCAAAGCUGCCUGCCAGAUGCUCUGCCAGUGGCUGGACACCUGCCUGUCCACCAGCAGCAGCUCCCACCCCUGUGGCAUCAUGCAGACUCCUUGCUCUUGCUCCGGAGGGGAGGUGUUGGAUCAGCCCAGUGAGAUGUUGGGGCUACCCAAGAAGAAGGAAGAUUGUUUUAAGGAUGGGAUUUAUUUGGAAAACUGCCUGAGCAGCCCGAAAGACAGCAGCCAGGUGGAGUUCCUGGGUGGCUGGAACCCUUGGUCCGCUUGGGGAGACUGUACUCGAGAUUGUGGGGGUGGUCUCCAGACACGCACCCGAAUCUGCCGGCCCAUUCCCGACGAAGGCCUUGUCUGCGAAGGAGUGCUGGAGGAAGGAAGACUGUGCAAUAGAAAAGCAUGCAAUACCAAUGGACGCUAUAAUUCCAGAAGCCAGUCGCUGAGGUCCACUGAUAACAGAAAGCGUGAGGAUGCUGACGAACUGCAGCAGUACGGAUACCCUGCACCUCAAAUAGGUGACCCUGCAGCAGAGGAGUGGUCCCCGUGGAGCGUGUGUUCGACCACCUGCGGGGAGGGCUGGCAGACCAGGACCAGGUUCUGUGUGUCGUCUUCCUACAGCACGCAGUGCAGCGGCCCUCUCCGGGAGCAGAGACAGUGCAACAACUCCGCCGUCUGCCCAGUGCACGGCACUUGGGACGAGUGGUCUCCAUGGAGUCUGUGCUCCUCAACGUGUGGGCGGGGGUACAGGGAUCGAACCCGCACCUGCAAACCCCCUCAGUUUGGUGGAAACCCCUGCGAGGGACCUGAAAAACAAACUAAGUUCUGCAACAUUGCACUUUGCCCAGGCCACUCAGUGGAUGGGAACUGGAAUGAGUGGUCGAGCUGGAGUUCCUGUUCUACGACCUGCUCCAAUGGUACCCAGCAGCGGACGCGGGAGUGCAACGGACCCUCCUAUGGGGGAGCAGAGUGCCAGGGGCACUGGGUGGAGACCAGAGAUUGCUUCCUAAGGCAGUGUCCAGUGGAUGGAAAGUGGCAGGCGUGGGGGCCGUGGGGGAGCUGUACGACCUCAUGCGGGGGCGGGACGCAGAGACGCGACCGUGUAUGCUACGGCCCCUUCUUCGGGGGAGACUCUUGUCAGGGGCCCAAGGAGGAGUAUAAGCAGUGUAAUGACAAGAAGUGUCCUGAGCCCCAUGAAAUAUGCGAUGAAGAUAACUUUGCUUCCGUGGUUUGGAAGGAAACGCCUGCCGGAGAUGCUGCGGCUGUCCGGUGUCCUCGCAAUGCCACUGGGUUGAUCCUGAGAAGAUGCACUUUAGAUGAAGAAGGGAUAGCGUACUGGGAGACUCCGACCUACAUCAAGUGUGUUUCCAUUGACUACAGGAAUAUACAGAUGAUGACAAGGGAGCAUCUCUCCAAAGCCCAGCGAGGGUUGAUGGGAGAAGGGGUAUCUGAAGUGCUCCAAAACCUCGUGGAGAUCUCCCAGGAUGGGACCAGCUACAGCGGGGACCUGCUGUCCACCAUCGAUGUACUCAGGAAUAUGACCGAGAUCUUCCGUAGGGCGUAUUACAGCCCUGCUGCUGGGGAUGUACAGAACUUCGUCCAGAUUAUUAGCAACUUGCUGUCAGAGGAAAACCGGGACAAGUGGGAGGAAGCUCAGAUGAUGGGGCCGAAUGCUAAGGAGCUGUUCAGGCUUGUGGAGGAUUUCAUUGAUGUCAUUGGAUUUCGCAUGAAAGAUUUCCGGGAUUCCUACCAAGUGACGGACAAUCUAGUCCUCAGCAUCCACAAAGUCCCCGCCAGUGCAGCCACUGACAUCAGCUUCCCCAUGAAGGGCUGGAGGGGCAUGGUGGACUGGGCCAGGACCUCCGAGGACAAGGUCACCAUCUCCAAGAGCAUCCUCUCUACGGGGCUAGCAGAGACAGACGACUCGUCCGUCUUCGUGGUGGGCACCGUGCUGUACCGGAACCUGGGGAGCAUCCUCUCGCUCCAGAGGAACACCACGGUGCUGAACUCCAAAGUCAUCUCGGUGACUGUGAAGCCAUCUCCCCGCACUCUGCUCACGCCCCUGGAGAUCGAGUUCUCCCACCUGUACAAUGGAACCACCAACCAGACCUGCAUCCUGUGGGAUGAAGCCGAUGUAUCCUCCUCCUCCUCCUCCUCCCAGCUUGGUGCCUGGUCCUGGCGCGGCUGCCGAACAGUCCCAGUCGAUUCCUUCCGAACUAAAUGCCUCUGUGAGAGACUCUCUACCUUCGCCAUCUUAGCCCAGCUCAGCUCAGACAUGAAUAUGGAAAAAGUGCUGGUCCCAUCUGUCACAUUAAUCGUAGGCUGUGGAGUAUCUUCACUGACGCUUUUGCUCUUGAUUAUCAUUUACGUCUCCGUCUGGAGAUACAUCCGCUCAGAACGCUCUGUCAUUCUCAUCAACUUCUGCCUGUCCAUCAUUUCCUCCAAUGCUCUUAUUCUGAUUGGACAAACCCAGACCCGGAAUAAGGUGACAUGCACACUGGUGGCAGCUUUCCUGCAUUUCUUCUUCCUCUCCUCUUUCUGUUGGGUGCUGACAGAGGCCUGGCAAUCCUACAUGGCUGUGACGGGCAGGUUACGGAACCGCAUCAUUCGCAAGCGCUUCUUGUGUCUCGGAUGGGGGCUGCCUGCCUUGGUGGUUGCCAUUUCCGUGGGAUUUACGAAAGCCAAGGGCUAUGGCACCGUCAACUACUGCUGGCUGUCAUUAGAAGGAGGCCUUCUCUAUGCCUUCGUGGGACCAGCAGCUGCAGUCGUUUUGGUGAACAUGGUUAUUGGCAUUCUGGUUUUUAACAAACUUGUAUCCAAAGAUGGGAUAACAGAUAAGAAACUGAAGGAACGGGCAGGUCAGAUGGCAGUGCCUCUUUACGGCAUGACGCUCAAAUGUUCCAAGUGUGGAGUAAUUUCUUCCGCUGAAGUUUCGGCCACAGCCACCAGUAACGCCAUGGCCUCCCUUUGGAGCUCCUGCGUGGUCCUACCUCUGCUGGCGCUGACCUGGAUGUCUGCGGUUCUGGCAAUCACGGAUCGGCGGUCAGCACUCUUCCAGAUCCUCUUCGCUGUCUUUGACUCCCUGGAGGGCUUUGUCAUUGUGAUGGUUCAUUGCAUCCUGAGACGAGAGGUCCAGGAUGCAGUGAAGUGCCGAGUAGUGGACCGUCAAGAAGAGGGCAACGGAGACUCGGGGGGGUCAUUUCAGAAUGGACAUGCUCAGCUAAUGACCGAUUUUGAGAAGGAUGUGGAUAUGGCUUGUAGAUCAGGUGAGCACAUCACAGUGCUGAAUAAAGACAUCACCACGUGCAGGACCUCAGCCAUCACGGGCACGCUGAAGCGCCCAUCGCUGCAGGAUGAGGAGAAGCUGAAGCUCCAUCACCAGAAGGGGUCCUCGAACUUUAACAGUCUUCCAGCCAACGUCUCUAAGAUGCAUCUCCAGGGCUCCCCACACUACCUGGGGGCCAUCAACCUGAAUGAGUUCAGCAACCACACGCUCACCCUGAAAAAGGAGAAGAACCAGCCACCCAAGUCUAUCUACAUCUGCGAUGGGGACAUCUUCAAGAAGCUGGACUCUGAGCUUUCCCGGGCGCAGGAGCAAUCCCUGGAUACCAGCUACGUCAUCUUGCCCACCAACAGUUCCUCCACCCUGCGGGCCAAGCCGCCCAAGGACGAUGGCAAAUACAGCAUCAACAUAGACCAGAUGCCCCAGACCCGGCUCAUCCACCUCAACAUGGCAACCGACCCAGGCUUCAUCGUCAAGAGCCCACCCAGGGAGCCCAUGGCUAUGACAUGCACCGAGGUGCAGGGCUCCCCCAUGCUGCAGCAGCAGCAGCAACAGCAGCAGCAGAACAUCUGCAGCGAGUCACAGAUCCCCAACAGCCUAUGCGACCCGGGCAACUCAGGGAACUUGGGCAUGGUGCCCAAGAGCGAGACAGUUUCCACCCUCUCCAUGAGCUCCUUGGAGAGACGGAAAUCCCGGUACGCAGAGCUAGAUUUUGAGAAAAUCAUGCACACGAGAAAGCGUCACCAGGACAUGUUCCAGGACCUGAACAGGAAGCUGCAGCAUGCGGAAAAGGAGAAGGAGUCUCCAACAACGGAGAGCAAGCAAGAAAAACAGCAGACACCAAACAAGAGACCCUGGGAAGGAAUCAGGAAGGUCCACUCGCCACCAUCAUGGGUUAAAAAGGACAUGGAACCUUUAUCACAGUCUCCCUUAGAACUAAAAACUGUAGAGUGGGAGAAAACAGGUGCCACUAUUCCUUUGGUGGGACAAGACAUUAUUGACCUUCAGACGGAGGUCUGAGCAGAAAGGAAAAAAGGGACUUUUUUUUCUGGAAAAACAAACAAAACAAACAAAAUUUUAAAAGAUGAUUAAAUUCAAUUGAAACCGAGUGAGGAAGAGUGUUUGGUUUCUUUUGAAACCUUUGGUAAAAAGAAGUAACUUUUGUAUUGUUCUCAGCAGAGAGGGGGGAAUAUUACUUUAUAAAACUUAGUAGCAGUAGGUACAGAACAACGCGAUCUUCCCUGGGUAGGCCCAAAGAGGACAUGAGCCUGUAAACGUAAAAGAAGGGGGAAAGGGUGGGGAGGGUGGGGAACAAAAUCAACACAACACUUCAGUGGCGAGAGAAUGACGAGGAGCCAUCGCCAGCAUGUUGAGUCUUCCUGCUCUGGAACUGGGACCAGCGAAAGGACUCUGGGAGCAAAUAUGGCGGCAGAAAGGCGAAGAGGAUUGGAGUUGUCUUGGGGGGAACAAGGAGCAGGGAUUAAUUCAGCCAGAACCCAGCCAGGAUGCUGGCUGGCCAAAGGCUCCAGGGGAAAGCUCAGCAUUGGCUGGUCUAUGAUGUCCCAUUGCAUGGCGGUGGGAGUGAGAGAGACACGUCCUGCUCACUUCUGUCUCCCCUGGCCCAGCUUUUUGGAGAAAAAGGGAACUGGAGUUACCAAGCUGUUGCAUCCUGUGAUCAAGAAGACCACUGCACUUCAAUCUGAAAAAUUAGGUUCUCAGCCAUGGAUCUACACAAGCCAGCUCAGAGGAUGCUAUUGGGGAGAGGCCAGAUAUAAUGGUUGGAGCAUAUGGCUAACAAGAGUGGCGUGGUGGGUAUUUCCCCCGGUCCCUCUGCAGAGGACUUCCUGAACUCUCUGAAGAGCGGGAUGUGCAGAAUGGGAAGAGACCUUCUCUUAAGUCAACAACAAACCCAUUCAUCUCGUCUCCAGAUAGAGACAUUAAAAAAACAAUAAAAAGAAUGUAGAUCAUUUCAUUGACUGUUAAAAACAAAGAGAUAAACUCAACGCGAACCUUGUGUAAAGGUUCACAUGGCCUCAUUGUCUUUUCCUUUUUUUGUUUUGUUUUGUUUUGUUUUGAGAUUCGACUUAUUUCCAUCCACCUCCCCUGGAAGCCACAGUGACCUGUUUAUGUACCUGAAGACGUUCGGUAUACGGAGAACAUUGCCGUAGGACAUUGAGACAAACUGAUAAAUGAGUAACAUACACUUGGAAAAAAAUCUAUUUUUUCUUCUUCUUUUCUUUUCUUCAAUAAAAACAGAACUUGAAACCCGAGACCUUUCCUUUCUUUGGCUUUUGUCAUUUCAAAUAUCUUUCCGUAGCUUGGUUCCAUACACAUGUGGGGCAAGGAUGUCACUUUCCAAACAUUGAGUGGGGAGUCCGCUGUGGAAUGAUUGGGAUGGUGAGGAACACUCAGGCCCUUGUGUGCAGUAGGUUGGAAUGUUUUGUUUUAUUGUAUUCAAAUCACUGGCUGGUUGUUCUCCUUACACUCCACCCUGUCUUCACUGCUUCACAGAGCUGGGAUACAGGUUUCUGAUGCUAGUGGAAGGAAAGAAAAUAGGUAGAGCUGGACAUAAAAUGGGGACUUUUUUCAUCAAAAAUUGUGCAUCAAUGUUUUUUUCAUGAAAAAUUUUCCUCAAUCUUUUCAUGAAAAAAGUUCAUUAAUAUUUUUACACACAAAAAAGUCAAAUGGUUUUUGCACAAUACAUUUUUGUGCCCCCAAAAAGUUGUCCACUUUUUUUAUCUGAACAUUUUAAACAAAAUAAUUUCCAUCAGCAUUUUUCCGUGAUCAAAUGUUGUUGUUUUUUAUAUGAAGGACUUUAAUCAGAAGUCCUCACAUAACAUCAUUUUCACCAAUUCUUUUUCACCACAUUUGUUUCACCAAAAAUUUUCAUCUCACUUUUGAUCAAUUUCCACCAACUCUAGAAAUGGCUAUCGCUAAGCACCUAAUUGUGAAACAUCACUUUGAGCCAAAACAGAAGCUAAUCUAGAUCAGGGUUUGAUUUAUGUGUGUGUGUGUGUGUGUGUUUCUUUUUUUAGGAAAAAGCUAAAGACGGGAACAAGAUUUAAAACAAUCAAUGAAAUCAAAUUGUGCUCCCCCCGCCGACAGCGGUUGCUUGAUAUGCAAGCAUUUUUAAAAUUUAAUUUCAGGCCACAUGGUUUAGUUUUUUUAAAGUAUAAUGGCAUUUAUCUUGUCAUUAGCUGUAUAAUAUUAAAAAUAAAAUAAAAUUUUAAAAAAAUUAGAAAAUCCAAAUAGUAAAAAAAAAUUACUUAUAAAAACUGUGAUGUAAUUGUCAGAUUUUAGAUUAUUCUAUGAAACAGGAAAGCACAAAGGCCUCUCAUAAAUGCCGGGUUGUAGAAUAUUGUCAUUAUUAUAAUUACACAUAAUGAUUUUAGCAUACAAGUAUCUUUCUACUGUGUUUUAAUUCUUUUUUCCCCUUCGCUACCCAAGCAAUCUCCCCUCCCUCCUCUUCCAAACCUUUCCCACCUGCUCCUCUCAUCCCAGCCAAGCUGCGGGACAUUAACAGUGUUAUGUAAUUACAGAGAUAAAUGUUUGUUUAAAAACUGUUGAUAUUCUACUUUUUCUGCUGAGUUUCUCUGGUUAAUACUGUUUUCUCCUCACCCUUCUCUGCCCCUCCCAUUUUCACCUCCCUUAUUUCUGUGUUCGUCAGUUUUUUCUGUACAGUUUUCAGAGCACAAAUGAAUGUGUCUUAUUUCUAAUAAAAAACGUAUAAACUCUA